AAUAACUUCUAGCUAUUUCUAAAAUUUCUAUUUAAUUUUUUUUAGAUAAUGCAUAAUUGCAGCAUGAAACUGACAAGCUCAGCAUUGGAUUACCAUUGGCAGUGGCAAGCUUCACAGUGAACAAACCAGUAUCAAGUAUCCGAAAAUGAAGGUGGAAAUCCUUCCAGCUCUCUCGGAUAACUACAUGUAUCUUAUCAUAGAUGAGGUGACCAAAGAGGCUGCCAUAGUGGAUCCUGUUGCUCCCCAGACUGUCUUGCAAGCUGUCAAAGAUGCUCAAGUGAAACUGACUACUGUUCUCACCACCCAUCACCACUGGGAUCAUGCAGGUGGCAAUGAAGACCUGGUGAAGCAAGCAGGCUUGGACCUGAAAGUGUAUGGUGGCGAUGAGCGCAUAGGAGCCCUGACUGAGCACGUCAAGCAUGGAGACACUCUCUCGGUGGGGCGUCUGCACAUAUCUUGUCUGGCUACUCCUUGCCACACCCGCGGCCACAUCUGUUACCAUGUCACCUGUCCUGAAGACGGCACUCGCACUCCGGCCGUCUUUACAGGGGACACACUUUUCUUGGGUGGCUGCGGCAAGUUCUUUGAAGGUGAUGCAGAACAGAUGCACACAGCUCUCAUCAAGAUCCUGGGAGUUCUGCCAGAUAAUACUGACGUGUUCUGUGGUCACGAGUAUGCACUGAGCAACCUUCAGUACGGACUGCACGUGGAGCCCGACAAUCCUGCCGUUAAAGCAAAACUGGACUGGGUUACGCAGCGCCGCGACGCUGGCCUGCCCUCAGUGCCUUCCACCAUCGGAGAAGAGAAGCAGUACAAUCCCUUCAUGCGCGUGGACGAGAGCAGCGUGAGACAGCACUGCGGUACCAGCGACAGCAUCGACACCAUGCGGGCUCUUCGGGACCUCAAGAACAACUGGAAGCCUGCUGCGUAAGCUCGUGGAAAAGCCUCAUCCAUUUUUGUUACUGUUAUUAUUUUCAGCUAUUCGGUAUAAGAUCGUUUAUAAUCUACAGAAACUUAGUUGAUGACCGUUAAUUCAACAACUUGAAGUUCUUUAUAGCUCAGGCUGGCGAAGUUUAAGUUGAUAAAAUUAUGCAAGCAUUAUCAUUGAAAAGUAAAGACUUUAUAUCUACAUUCCUAAAUAUUGUUGAUUAAUGGACCUUUGGCCUGUUAUUCUUAGAAUUAGCACAGAGUGCAGACCAAGGCCUAAAUUAGAAUCCGUCUCUGCGAGAUUAAUAAUAUUUAGUCCCUUAUUACUGAUCACUGGCAACCAUGGAUGAGCGAGUUGACUUAAAUAUGGCUUGAUGUGAGUUUAAGUAAAGUACUGUGUAACAUGUGGGGUUCGUUAUAUGAAAAUGCAAUUUGAAGCCCAAAUCAAAUGUUUGUUUUUUGUGGUAUUCUAGGAUAAAUAUAAUGUUUUCAUGUUAACACGAUGACUAUGUAUUGGUACAUGUGCGUACCACGAAAUGUAUUUCUCCAGGAGGUAGUGGUACAUAAUUCAGGUU